AUGGACGCAGAUAAUAAUGGCCCUUCAGGCGGCGCCAAUCAGCGGCAACCCAGCGCUGAGCAUAGGCCGCAAGGAGCUUCCGCGUCGCAAGCUGGAGGAGAUUCGUCACAGGGCAAUCUCAGCCCCACCUUGACCCAGUUCUCGAACAUAUCUUCAACCGCCUCAGUGACUGCACCUGACACCAUCAGCCACUCGCAGAACUCGAAACGUCGUCGAGGCUUGGGUGUUGUGACGCCCAAUGCCUGUAAAGAAUGUCGCAAGAAGCGUGCAAAGUGCGACGGCAAAAAACCAUGCGGACGUUGUAAAGCACGAAAGGAUGUUGAAUGUGUUUAUGAGAUUCUCGUGCGCCGGUCAAAAGAGGAUCUGCGGACCGAAAUUGAGAGCCUCCGCCAAAAGCAACGCUCUGGCGACCAAGUCUUUGCAGCGCUCGUCCGACCAGAGUUAUGGGAAGAAGUUUUAACACGCCUUCGGGGUGGUCAGCCUAUCAAGAAUAUUUCAGAAUGGCUCGGAAGUUUAUCACGUUCAAGCGGAGGCGGGUUGUCUUCCUUCAGCAGCCGACCUGAAGCACCUACGAUGGGACCUAUCCCAGGUUUCCCAGGAAGUGGAUUGGGUUCAUUAGCGUCCAUGAGUCUCGGUGUAAAUCAGGUGCUACCGCAGCAGCCUUCCAUGGGGCCCGAAAUUGGCCAGCACAAUCCCUGGCAUCCCUCGUUCCAUAGCCAGACUGGAUCAACGAGAAGCAACUCACACCCAGAUGUUAUGGAUUGGACGACAGAUCUGCGAGGGCCGCCACGAAAUCGAGUAGGAUCUUGGGCGGAAGGGAUGCACCCUGAUCAAAUGACCGAUGGUAUACGAUACCGCGGUAUCGAAGAAAUUCUGUCAACCUCGAACGAACCAGAACUACGAACACCGACUUCAACAUGGACUGCCAUUACCAGUGAUAGCACCCUUGUUCAACACCUCUUGGCAUUGUAUUUUUGUUGGGAGUAUCCAACUUUUGCGUCCCUCAGCAAGGAACAUUUCUUACAAGAUUUUCAAGAAGGGCGGAAUCGGUACUGUUCACCAAUACUGGUGAAUGCCCUCCUCGCAUUGGGUUGUCGCUUCUCAACUCAACCUAUGUCUCGUGCCAACCCCAGCGACCCGCAUACGUCUGGCGACCACUUUUUCAAGGAGUCAUUACGCCUGCUUUCUCAAGAAAGAGACCAUCACACCCUUGCAACUAUACAAGCGCUGGGAAUAAUGUCAAUCCGGGAAGCUAGCCGUGGACGAGAUUCAGAAAGUUGGUAUUAUGCUGGCCAGAGUAUUCGGUUAGCCAUCGAAGCGGGACUACACCGAAUAAUGGACGAAGGAGACGACGAUGAACUAGUCGUGCAGUCGGCAACCUUCUGGGGAGCGUUUGCAUUAGACCACGCAUGGUCUCUCACUAUAGGUUCAUUACCACAAUGUUCUAGUAUCCCUCGUUUACCUCCAAAACCUGCGAUAAUAGGAGAUAUCGAGGCGUUUUUGUGGGUGCCCUACACUGAUGACGGGGCCCCAUUACAGCGCUCGUACCAGCAGCCAUCUAAUGUGCGGUCGGUGUAUAAGUGCUUUUGCGAACUGAGUGAGCUGGUCCACCAAUCUCUGUAUAUUUUAUAUUCUCCUGGAAAACCUCUUACUGCAAGAGAACUCUUGAACAUAUAUACACAGUACCUUAACUGGUAUGAGCGUAUACCCGAGGUGCUCCGGCUGGGGCACAAUUUCACCCCAGCCGUGCUGUUUGCUCACAUGUAUUAUCACUUCGCCAUCUUACUCUUGUUCCGACCUCUAAUUAAGCUACGGAUUAUCGGAUCAAAAGUAUUGCCACGCAAUGUCUGCACACAAGCAGCUGAUGCUAUUCAAGGUCUUUUAAAGUCUUAUUCGUCACUCUACACCUUACGAAGAACACCUUCAUUCGUAUGCUACUUUGUUCUAAUGUCAUCCAUUAUGCAUCUGGCGAUCGGUGUAACGACUAUCCAGUCGGACCUCACUGAGGGGCUUAAGGGGACGGCGGCCAAGGUAGAACCUCAUGUGGCUAAGGCUAUAACUCAAGGCAUUGCAGAUCUUACAGAUAUGGCUCCCAGCCACCACUUUGCAAAGCAGGCCCUCAACAUCCUACGUUAUUUGGCCCAGAAAUGGAACAUCGAAGUCGACAAAAGCGCCGAUAAACUGGCGGCGGAGGAGUAUGAUCGAUUGAUAUUGCCGCAUAUGGGAUGCCUCAACUUCUUUGCGCCCAACGUGCGUGAGGGAGACAUGAUGUGUCAGUGGGGCGAAGGUGAGCCCAUGAUUAUACCCGAGGAGUCGUCAGCGGCCAAGAAGACGGGGAGCAGUAUGGAAAAUCCUCUCUUCUGGCCCUUCCCCAUGCAAGGUCGACCUAUUCUUCCAGAUGGUGGCGAGUUGGAACAUGCGGGCUUUUCGGUGCUCUGA